AGCAAAAUAGUUAUUCGGAAAGUUUCCCAGCGUUAGUCAAACUGUGAUUUGGAGAAAUUCUACUGAACAGCGAUUUCCACAGCGCUGGACUUACGCUCGUUUGUCAUCGCCGUUCAUUAAAAACACAUCUGUAAUCGGGGCGGUGGCGUUAAUUGGUACAUACAUGCUGACUGACUGGACUAGCUGACUCCAGCUGAUUAGGCGCGCGCGUAGUUUUCCCACGUGUUGUAGGCUACCGUUCGUUGUUGCAGUAGGAUAACACCCCUUGCGCAACGACCGGGUGCGAUCAGUUUGCUCGAUCGCGUUGGCGGGAAUCGAUCGUAGUGUCUGCCCGAACAUAUGGCGGAGGCUCAAAUCAGCGGAACGAUCCGCGUCGUGGUGAUCAUCGGGUUACUUCUAGUGCUGAUCGUCGUCGCCGUAAACGGGAAGAAGCCCUCAGCUCCGUUCCAGUUCGAAGAGGAAGAUGCCAAGUUGACGGUCCCUCAACUGAUCCGGAAGUACGGUUACAACCUGGAGAAACAUCAGGUUCUUACCGAAGAUGGAUACCUUCUGGCGAUGUUCCGGAUACCUCCCCGCAAUGGAACCUCCACCAAGCGUCCGGUCCUGAUGAUGCACUCUCUCAUGAGCAGCUGCUCGGACUUCAUCCUGAUCGGUCCAAAGCACGCCCUAGGAUACCUGUUGGCCAACCGAGACUACGACAUCUGGCUAGGAAAUGCACGUGGUAAUCGGUACUCCCGGCGACAUAAACGAAUUCGCGUGAAAUCCCCAAAGUUCUGGAACUUUACCUUCCACGAGAUUGGCUACUACGACGUGCCAGCGCUGAUCGACUACGUCCUGGACAAAACCAACUCCGCCAAACUGCACUACGUUGGGUUCUCGCAAGGUACGCUGGUCAGCUUCGUGGCCAUGAGCACCCGUCCGGAGUACAACGCAAAAAUCGUUCAAAUGCAGGAAAUGUCUCCGGCCGCGUACAUCGGUCAACCGUCCAGCAUCUUUAUCCGGGUCUUAUCGAUGCUGGCCCCCAGCAUGGGUAUCGGCUACAACAUUUCUGGAAACAGCGAGUUUCUCCCACACUGGACGGGGCAGUACGAGUUCUACAAAACGGUGUGCCCAGCGCCAGCACAAACCCUCUGCCGAAUGCUGCUCAACGACGUGGUCGGUGCAAACCCUCGACAGCUGGAUCCCAAAACCCUCCGGAUCUUCCUGGGUCACUUCCCGGCGGGCGCCGGAGUCCUUCAAAUGCAACACUACGGGCAGGUCUUCGGCGACGGUAUCUUCCGACGAUACGACUACGGCGAUGAUCAGAAGAAUUUGGAGAUGUACGGAAGCACCCAAGUGCCUCGGUACAACCUAUCGGAGGUGACGGCUCCGGUGCGUAUCUACUACGGCUACAACGAUAACGUGAUUGCGUAUCGGAACGUGGAGAAACUGGAGCGGGAUCUGCCGAAUGUGGUCAGCAGCUAUCUGGUGCCGGACGAGCGGUUUACGCAUGCGGAUUUCAUUCUGGCCAGUCAAGUGAAGGAGCUGCUGUACGACGAGAUUGUGCGGAAUGUGGAAGCGGCGGAAAGGGAGGGAUAGCUUAUGAGCCGUUGAGUGCAGCUAGUCGAACAGAAUGAAUACUCGCGACAAAUUAAUGGCUAUCGACUGAGAGUGUAGGUUUGCUUGAGGUCGUGGCAAUCGCUUGCAUAGCAUUUUUUACCAAAUAUAGCAAUAGAGACUGA